AUGGCGGAUGGUGUGUAUACAGUGAAAUCAGGCUACUGGACGGCUACACAUAUUAUUCCCCAUGAAGACCAAAUUGAACCUCCCCCGGGAUCAGUUACACUCAAACGUGCUUUAUGGAAGACAAAGAUAGCGCCAAAACUCCAACAUUUCUUUUGGAAGGGCACACUUGAAGAGAACAUACGGAAGUUAAUGUCAUUUACCGAGAUUGAAGAUCUGUCAUAUGAGGUGAGAUAUUCUGCUUUUCGGGUAAUGUGGAUGAUUUGGAAGUCAAGAAAUGAAAUGUUAUUCCAACAAAAGGUCACACAGCCGCAGGAGGAUGCUAGGAGAGGCUUGCAAGCAGCAAUGGAAUGGUUAGAGGCAAACCCUGAGAAGCAUAUUACGGAGAGGCAACGACACGCAACAAUCCAAUGGGAACAACCACCAGCAGGAAUUCUAACGUGCAACUUUGAUAGUAGCUUCUCCCGAGAUAGUGAUUCUAUGGCUGUAGGAUGGAUAGUUAGGAAUCAUACGGGUAUGUUCAUGGAAGCAGGAUGGACAAAGCUUCCACAAGUUGAUUCGCCUUUACAAGCUGAAGCUUGUGGCUUUCUUUAUGUGGUUCAACGAAUAUGGUGCAAAGGAUGGAGGAAUGUGUGGUUUGAAGGGGACAAUUUGGAGCUUACGAAUAUAAUCAACCACCAAAAGAAGAGUAUGGAGCUCGAGACUCACUACAGUGAUGAUCAGAAAAGGCGGGCGAUGGAAGACGGUGGCUACGUCAACACCGGCUUCCUCUUGGCACGUGUUGUCUUCUUCUCCUUCUUUGUCGUCUCUUUUCACCACAACUCUCUUCUCUUCUCACUUACCUUUUCCAUUUAUCUCCUAUGA